AUGCGCUUUGGACUCGCUGUCGCAGCUCUCGCGUUUUUGCUUGCGAUUCUGAACCAGCCGGUGCAGGCAGCAGACGUGGAGGUCAAUGUAUGUCCUGCGGCCAAGUGGCUGUCGCUGCCCUUCCUCAGGAGCCACGCCAGCACCGCGACCAUCGUGACCCUCGUUGACACCGCCACCGGUGGCGGGGACCUCGUCACCGCCGGCGUGUCGUACCUCAAGACGGACAUCGUGCCCAAGAUCGGCGCCAAUGUGUUCUUCUUUGCGCUGUCCCUGCUGUUCCUCCUCAUCUUCCUCCUCUGGCGCUUUUCCCGGUGGUGCUGCUACGUCCUGUGCUGCUCCUCGUCCUGCGACACGCGGCGCCUGAAGAACGACCCCUACGAGCUGCUGUUCACGCAGCGCAUGACCGUGCACAAGGUGUUGAUGUUCCUGACCGGCCUGGCCGCCAUAGAGCUCUACAUUUACGGCAUGGCGGGCACCUCCAAGACCGUCGUCAGCGACGCCUUCACCACCCUCAGCAACCUGGACACGUACCUCACGCGCACCGCGGGCCACCUGGAUGAUCUGGUGGCGGCCGUGGCGGGCGUCAACCCCAUCAUCGAUGACCUCCAGGCCAUAGUCACCAACGACGUCGACGUCCCCGGGAUUGAGGCCAACAUCACGACCGUCAAGUCGUUCCUGACGACCGUCACGCCGCCUGCGACGCUGGCCGCGGCGAUCACGACCCUCGACACGCGCGUCACCACCAACCUGCCCAGCGCCCUGGCCGCCCUCAGCGCCAGCCUCGUGGGCGUCGCGCCCGGCAACGCGCUGGGGACGGCGCUGGGGACGGUGGCGGGCGCGCAGGCGUCUGCGGCCGCGAUGACGGCCGCCCUGGCGGACCUUGACGCCAAGAUCGCGGCCCCCAUACCCGCAUCAGGCAGCAACCCCACCACGGCCAACGCGGCCGUCGCGGCCUUCAGCACCUCCCUGCUGGCCGCAGCCCCCGGCUAUGGCGGCGCCUGGGCCUCCUCCCUGGACGCCAUCUCAGCGGCGGUUGACACCCUGGACGGCCUCCAGGGCGCCGCCAACAACCCCCUCACACUCCUGGACGCCAACCUGGGGACCGUGGUGGGCCUGGUGACCCAGAUCACGGGCACAGACAUCCCCGCCCUGGCCGCCGCCAUCACGGGCGUGCAGGGCCAGUGGGUGGCGGUGCAGCCCGCGCUGGUGGGCCUGGCGGCGCAGCUGGUGCACAUCAACACGACAGCCGCCUACGCCAGCGUCACCGCCGCCACGUCAGCGCUGACGUCAUUCUUCGCCUCCUCCCCCACGCCCGCCGCCCUGGCCGCCACCCUCUCCACCACCACCGCCUCGGGCCUCGCGCUGCCCCCCACAACAACCACGAUCCGCAGCGGCCUCACCGCCCAAGGCGCCGCCCUCAACGCAGCCCAAUUCGACGCGACGCCGGGCGGCAGCGACGGCGCCCUGCUCAAGGCCUGGGUCACCGCCGCCAAGGCCGACAUAACCGCGGCGGCAGCCAACUUCAACCCAAUGGCCACCGCGCGCGCCACGUUCUUCGCGACCCCCACGGGCGCCAACUACGACGCCCUCAAGGCCGCGGUGGAUACGUAUGCCGGCGCGGCCGCGACGACAACACUGGAGUCGAAGCUCGGGGAGCAGGGCUCUGCCCCCUCCCAGGCGUCCAGGUAUGCGGCCGCGGCGCCCCCGAUCUCGGCGGCCGCGGCGGCGGCGUACGCGGCGCUCCCGGCGUUUGUGACGGCGGCGGGGGGCGCGGUCUCGGGCAUGCCCGCGCUGGGCGGCUACGCGUCGGGCAUCGGCGCCGUUGCGCUGCCCGCGCUCACGCUGUUUGACGGCCCCCAGGCGGCCCUCGAUGGCAUCCAGUCCGCCGUGGUGACGAGUGGUGACACGGUCAAGGGGCAGGUCAACGCCACCCUGGCCACCUUCUCGGGGGCCACCAGCCAGCUGCAGACCAUGGUGCUGGGCAGGCUGGACACGGUGCAGGCGGACUACAAGCCCGUGGCCCUGAAGGCGGACACUAUCCGCUACCAGGCCAGCAUGGUGCUGUACGCGCUGCCCAUCCUGGUGCUGCUGGUGCUGCUGCUCUGCGCGCUGCUGGUCAACUUCCACUUUGGCACCAACCUCGCGGUGCUGCUGCUGCUCGUGCUGCUCGUGCUGGGCUUCGUGCUGGCGGCUGUGCUGGCUCUGGUGCUGGCCGUGCUGGGUGAUGUGUGCCCCGCGGUGGAGCCGAUGCUGCUGUCCAAGGUGCCCGCCAACAUGGAGCCCCUGGCACUGUGA